AGUAGGGGGCGGUAAAAAGUCCCGCGGUCAGUUGGAGCGCAGAGCAGCGGAGGGAGCCCGAAGUUCGGCUGUGAUUGUUUCACUUUCCGCUGAAAAUAUCCGAAGAAAGUUCUUCGGACGGCCGCGUCAGAUGAUCCGCUUUUACCCUGAAAAGGAGCGCUAACAGCGGGACCCUCCGGUGAGCUUGGCGGUGUUGGUUGAUUAGCUGGCUAACCCCGCUACUAACUUAGCUUAGCUUAGCCUAGCCUCCUCGCCGUCUCGGGGCUGCGGCGCUGCCGCAGACCCUUGCCCACCUCCCGCUACACCCUUCAGUGAACACGGACAUCCGCCUGACAUGGGUCCACCUGGCUGGGGACCUCCACCUCCUGGGGGCUGGGGCCCUCCACCGCCUGGUGGAUGGCCUCCGCCGCCCGAUGACUGGGACCUGAUAGGGCCUCCGCCGCCCGGAGGAUGGGGUCCGAGAGGACCUCCGCCGCCUGGAGGAUGGGGGCCGAGAGGGCCGCCUCCUCAUGGUGCAUGGGACCCCAGAGGACCGCUGCCCCCGGACUGGGAUCCAAGGGGACCGCUGCCCCCGGACUGGGAUCCAAGGGGACCGCCACAUCCGGACUGGGGUCCAAGAGGACCGCCACUCCCAGACUGGCACGGCCGAGGACCCCCACCCCCUGACUGGGAUCCACGGGGACCUCCUCCCCCUGGCUGGGGACCGGAGGACUGGGACUGGGACCGUCGUGCUGAUUACUGGCGACCCCCACACCCAGAGGCUGACUGGAGGGGACACGACCGGCCUCUCCCUCCGCCAGGAUGGGGUCAUCCUGGCUGGGAUCCGGAGGGCCCUCCUGAACCAUGGGGCCCCGAGCCCGUCCCUCCUGCACCCAUACCCUCUGUCGCCCCCCCUGUGGUUCCCCCUGUGGUCCCAGCUGUGCCUACGGUUGGGAUGCCUCCCCCGGACCCCGCAGCCUUUGUACCCGCAAGCUGCAUGCCUCCCUUUGGAUACCCACCAGCCUACCCUCCGCCCGGCUGGACAGGAGAGCCUGUGGUGGAAGAGCCCAUGCCCAACCCUCCGCCUGACCAGCCCGAGUGGAUCAAAGCUCUGAUUUCAGCUCCGGCUACGGAGUCAACAUCAUCUGAGGCUAAAAAGCCCGCUGAGGACCCGGCUGUGGUCAAAAAAAUGCCUGCUGCUGAGCCCGCCCCCACCGCCGCUGCUGCUCCCACCGCCCCCACCACUCCUGCCCCGAAACCUAAACCUGAGGUCAGCACAAUCAGUAAAGCUCUGGGGCUGCUGGGAAAACGCACAUUUGAAAAGCCUCCUCCGGGCAGGUCCACGGGGAUCAUCUCCUUCAUCGGGCCAACGUUCGGUUACAUCAUGCGUGAAGACCUGGAGAAGUUCAACUUCAGCUUCGACGCCUUCUUUGGAAAUCCUAAAGCCAUGACGGCUGGGGUCAGAGUUCACUUCACUGCCUGCAAGGAGAAGAACAGCUCGAUAGCGACUGACGUGAAGGUGGCGCCGGGCGGGACCGAGAACCUGGACCCUGAGAUCUACGAGGCCGUUGUCUGUCAGCCAAUCGUGGAGCCUCAGCCCGGCGAGCGUCAGUACCCAGGUCAGGUGUACGUGACCAUCGGGCCCGUGAGGAGGAACCUGCCUUUCGACAGGAAGGACAGCACGGUGACGCUGCUGAAGAACGACCAGGUGCUCAUCAACCUGCUGACCGACAUCAUCACAGAGAAGACCAGAGCCACCAACAUCAAGCCCAAAAUCCCAGCGACCUUCAGCCACACCAAGGAGAUCCGAGAGAAGGGCGUCAUCGUCAGCCUGAAGGAUACAGAAGGCGUCAUCAAGAGGCAGGACGACACGGAGCUCGCCUUUGAAACCAAAGAGAACUUCAGCGACGUCGAGUUCACGCAGGAGGACAUCAACGAGGAGGUGGAGUUUACCAUCAUCCAGCUGAGAGCGGGAAAACGAGCCGUCAGGAUCCAGCGGGUGAAGGAGCCCCUCCUCUUGGCCCUUUGCACCGCCACUGCUGCCGCCGGCGGCGACGAGGAGGAUAAGACAGAAAACAGCAAAGACUGCUUCACCAAGCCAAUCAGAACCAGGACCAAGCAGGAGAUCGGACCCAACAUGGUGCUGGACACGGAGCUGUACGAGGGCAUUGUCAGCCAGACGAUCAUCGAACCCAAGUCCGGCACGCCUGGUUACCCAGGCCAGGUCCACGCCAACAUCGGCACCGUCAGGACCAACGUGACCUUCGACGAUCGAGACUGUGGCGUCACGCUUCUGAAGAACGACCAUGUGCUGAUCAACCUGCUGAUCGACACGGUGACGAGGAAGAGGAGAGCGGCCAACAUCAAACCCAAAGUCCCGUUCACCUUCAAAUACACCAAAGAGGAGCGAGAGCUGGGCAUCAUCACCUCGCUGGGGCCAGAGGUCGGCGUCCUAAAGUCGGAGAAGCACGGCGAGCUUCCCUUUGACGUUUGCGAGAACUUCAGCGAUACAGAGUUCAACGGUGACGACGUCCAGAAAGAGGUGGAGUUCACGACCGUCCAGGUGAAAUCGAACACAAGGGCCAUCAGGCUGAGGAGGACGAAGAAGAUCGAGGACCCGAUCCUAUACGAGCAGAAGAAACGGGAUGAAGAGGAGAGGAAGAAAGAGGAGGAAGAAAGGAAGAAGAGGAAGGAGGAAAAGAGCAAGAAGAGAGAGGAGGAGGAGAGGGAGCUGGAGCGGAAGAAGAAGGAGGAGGUGGCUGCAGCGCUGGCAGCUGCCAAAGACAAGUGGACGCCGCUCGGCUUCACAAUGCGAGACCCCGACACGCUGGAUGACAUCAGCAAGGAGCGAUUUGAAGGCACCAUCCUCAAAUCAAUUCCCAGACACCCUCCCAAGACAAUAAAGAAGGAGCUCGAGGAGAAAGAGGAGGCGACUGAGGAGGAGCAAGGAGCUGCCGAUGCUGGACAGGUGCAAAUAAAAGUGGAGAAAAUGGAGGAGGGAGAGAAGGGAGAGGUGCAGGGAGGACAGGAGGUAACGCUGGAGCUGAAGAAGGAGAAGACAUGUGAGGAGGUAACGAAGGAAAAGCCUCCUGAAGCUGAAGUCAAAACCAAACUGGACGUAGAUGUGGGCCGGCUGGUGAUGACCAUCGACGGCCAACAGAAACAGCUGACCUUUGGCCCCAAAGACCUCCUGACCACUGCCACCAUGCUCGAUGGUGACAAGGUGCGCUUUAACAUCGCAACCCAUCGGGAGACCAAAGAGGAGCGGGCGACUUGCGUGGAAAUUCUCCACGACUCCUUCGAAGAAUCUACUGAACAGCGUCAGCACGGCAUCGUGAUCGAGUUCUUGGAGGACUCCGGGCUCAUCAAGUGCACUCAGAACCCCCAGCUCUACUUCCACAUGUCCGAGGUGAUCGAGAAGAAGAAGCUGGAGUUGAACGAGAAGGUUGAGUUUAGCAUCGUCCUGCAUGAAACAGCAGACGGGGGAGUCCAGGCCAUCAGGAUAAAACGUUACACAGAGAGCGUUUUCCUCCCAGUGAGGAAACUUGGUGGUGUCGGUGCAAACAAAGGAAAGAUGACCAUCAAGCUGACAAAAGCUACCGGAGAGAAGGAAAAACCAGAGGCAGAGAAGCUGAAGGCAGUGGUGAAAAAUCUCAGAGCACAGGACAGUAAGACUAACAAGAAGGAUUACAGUGCCACGAGGCGUAGAUACAGCAGGAGUCAGAGCAGGAGUCGGAGUAGAAGUCCCCCCAGAGACCAGUUUGGACGUAUCAAAAAGAGACGCAGCUCCAGCGCCGACCGUGAACACCGGAGCAGCAGGCACAGGCGAAGCCGAGAGAGAUUACACAAGCGCACCCGAAGCCGCUCCAAGAGCAGGAGUCGCAGCCGGAGCAAGAGCUCCAGCAGGAGCCGAAGCAGGAGCAGGGAGAGGAGCAAAGACCGGGCCAGCAAGAGAAGGAGUAAAACAAACAGAGACCAUGAAGAAAGUCACAAGAAGAGGAGGGAACUGAGCCCUCCUCCUAGGCGAGGUGGAAUUGUGGAUGACGAGCUGGCGAGGAAGAAGCGGGAACUGGAGGAGCUGAAUGAAAUGAUCGCCUACAAAAAGUCGCUGGUGGACAUUGACCCAAGAGGACUCGAGCCUGGACAGAGGACCUGCAUUGACUACGACCACGGUAGGAUCGCCGUUCCCCUCGCCGAGUACAAACCGGUCCGUUCCAUCUUAAAGAAACGACCAGAUGGACCAGAAUAUCUCCACCGUCCUCCUUACGACGAUGUUUAUUAUGACCGCCCAUAUAGUGCUUACCAAGACAGGUGCUACAGUGACCCCUACGGGGACUCGUAUGCCACUCGGCCACACACACAUCCGUAUGGUGACCGUCCAUACAGUGACCGCUCUUACGAAAGUCACCUCUAUAGUGAAUCUCCCUAUGGUGGCCCGCCAUCUACCAGCCGCCGCUACACUGAUCGAUACGAUGUUUAUGAUGAACCCUACGAUGAUCGCUACUAUGACCCGGCGUAUGUGGACCGACCUUACGAUCCAUAUCCCCCAGACAAACGAAGCCACUCUCCAGAACCUCGUGGCCCCUCGCCCCCUUCUCACGGUGGCAAAGCUCACACAGCUUCGACUCACCCGCCUUUGUCCCAUAGUGCUGCCACAUCCUCAUGCCAGACCUCAUUCAGACCCCCUUCGCCCAUAGACUCACCUCCUAGAAGCCCCUCUCCCAAACUAAAGGAGAAGAAGUCACGCUUGUCUCCUCCAACUGAGAAACCACCCCUGGACCGUUUUCUUGAUAUGCUUAACCGAAAGGUGGAUGCUGAAAAGAAUUUGGGACCAGUUCAUGUUAAUGAUGACCUUCUGCCUCAUGAGCGGGCUCUUCAGGAUGGUAAGGGUUUCUCUCGAAUUGUGGGGCUGGCUCAAGAGCCACCAAGCAUUAGUCUAGCCCAAGAAGGGCAGAAGAGACCACCGAGCCCUAAACGUUCCUCUGUUGAGAAAACAAAUGAGGAUCCAAAGACAGAACCCUAUGAUAAGAUCCAGAGUCUACUUCGUACUAUUGGCUUGAAGCUGAGUACAGGAGAGGUCUCUAAACUAGCCAGCCAAGCCCAGGAGAAAGUCUUUAGCCCGAGAUCUUCCACAGAGAGAGCGACUUCAUCGGCUCCACGGGAAGAACUGCGGACAACCAGAACUGGUUCCCUGGAAUCGGAUCGCAUCCAUUCCCCCUCGCCUGUCAGAUCCUCCAGUUUGGAGCCGCUCGGCAGACAGAAAACUAACGUGUCUGAAUAUGAAGAGUUCCUGGACCAGCAAGAGUUAGAAGCAUUUAAGAAGGCACAACAGCUACAGAGUCUUACCAAAACGAUGGGGAGCACAGCCACCACCACUCCUUCUCCAAAACCCCCUCCUGGGCCUCCACCUGCUCACUACCGACAUCCAACACCACCAUUCAACUGGCCACUUGGCGUCACCGCUGAGAUUUUGCCAACGCAGACGUCCACAUCCAGCAUGGUCACUCAAACUUCUCCUGCAGCUGGUACACAAUUCCAAACACUGGGACAACCUCCUGGACCUCCACCUGGACCCCCUCCACGGCGGCCAGGACAGCCUCCUCCGGGACCGCCUCCUGGACCUCCACCACGACGUCAUCCUGGACAGCCUCCUUUCUCUCCACCCUCCAAUCAAUCAGUCUUGCCUUUUAUUGAAGUGCCAGACACAGCACCUCCCCUUGGGACCACCAGUCCUACGCAACCUUUAACCACUACUGUGGUACUACCACCGUCAUCAACACUGACAUCUUCAAGUCCUGCAAGCACUGACCACUCUGCUAUCUCUACAACAGUGGCGAGAUGCCUGAAGGUCAUUGAGACUGUGAAAUCUCUAGCUGUUCAGUCACCAGCCAAACCAGUCAAAUCUGUCCAGUUCAGUUUACCCACAGAGCCCCCAUUAGUAGAGACAGAAGAUGACAUAAAGCUCAAGCAGAAGGAGAAGCUGGAUUUGUACAACCAGAGACUUUUGGAAAAGAGAGAACAGGAGUUCAAGGAGAUGCUAGCCCGUAAGAAGCAAGGGGAGACCAGUAAGGAUGGCUUGCUGAUCUCGUCAGGUAAACAAGUCAGCAGUGAGCCCAGGAAUGUUUGGAUCGUCGGUCAUUCGCUGGUUUAUUGGGCCGAGUCGCGUGCCAAGUCUCCGGAGGUAGGUAUGCAGCUGGGCAUGGACCCCGGCAAGGUGACCGUCUGGUGGAAGGGCACCCAGGGCAUGACAUGGUCUCAGCUGCUGCCGCAGCUCCACCAGCUGAAGGUCACCUGGCCCAACCCAGAUGUCCUUAUCCUGCACCUGGGGGGGAAUGACCUGAGCACCGACAGCCCCACAGACCUGCUAGCCUCCGUCAAGAAGGACUUGACGUCUAUGAGGAGCAUCUUCCCACAGUGCGUCCUUGUGUGGUCCAAUAUCCUCCCUCGAAGGGUGUGGCGCCACUCAGUGGACAGCCACGAGGUCGAUUUGGUCCGCACUACGGUAAAUCGCCGGAUCCAAAAUAUCAUCUCAGAGUUGGGCGGCACCUCUCUGACCCACGAUAACAUCCGCUGUGGCGCAAACACAGGUCUUUACCGGGUCGAUGGUGUCCACCUUUCCCAAAAGGGCAUCGAUGUUUUCAAUUUGAACCUGCAGGACCUCCUGGAGAAGUGGGAGAUGGAGGUGAACGCAGCCUCUGAGAAGAGCUGAGAGGUUUCACAUUCACUUCUUUCUUUUUUUUAGGUUUAUUUCUGAGGAUAGCUAGGCAGUUUUUCACUGACUCUGUAGCUGCACAGGCCACCUCCUGACUAAUGAAACUGUUUUAGCUUACUGUGUAGCAUAUCUCACAUCUUAUGGUAAUAAUAAAUUCACUGUAUUCUUGAAUGUCAGCUCAUUUUCAGCCAUUACGACUUAAUGUUAUGCAGCAGGUAUGCAGAGACAUUUUUCUCAUGCAUGGAGCUGUUAAACCUACAUUUGAUUUAAGCAAAAAGCAUGUUCAUGAUUUAAACUGCUUUGUGUUUUUGUUCUGAAAAUUAAAUAAACACUGAUUCAG